UUAGUAUAUAUUAGUUUUAAACUAUUAUUUAGCUUGAGUUAUAGCAACUAUACUUGUUUAAUUCUACAAUAAUCAAUACGAACAAAGUAUCGUAAAUUAAAACAUUAUUAUUUAUUUCACAUCUGAAUAAUAUGCCGGUCUACUCGUUUUCACUCGGUUAGGUUAGCUGUUGAAAUGAACGUCAAAAAUACUUUGCUGUUACGCACAUGUUCAUUUUUCAUAAGGAGGCAUAAUCAUUAUGAGCGCGAUCACUGUGAUCUACGAGUUAAUGAUCACGUGCGUUUUUUUCGUAGACGUCGGCACGAUGCCGGUGGAUCGUCUAAACCAAUUAAAUUUCACACCCGAGAGCGCGUUAGGUUACAACAACUUGAACAACUCGACCGUGGUCGACAAUUCGCCCAACUGGGACAUUUUGGAGAAGAUCGACGUGAAGAAAUUAUUGGAGAUACUGAAAAUACUCAGCGAAGAAAAAUCUGCAGAAGAGUCGGAAACCACGAGUUUACCGUCUACUACCGUGAACGCGGUACACGAAUUGGACUGUUCAAAAGACAAGGUCGACGAAGAUUUACAGAAAAGUCAAGUUACAAGAUUGAUGUUUUUGAAGACAGCGAAUGCCCUAGUGUCGGAUCACAUAAAAUCGGUUCACGAAACAAUUCAAAAGAACAACGACGUUUUGACGAAGCUUAAUAUUUUGAAAGGGAUGCUGAGGGAAGAUUAUAUACGCUCAAAAGGAUUGUCACCGUGGUUUAAAUACAAUAUGUCCAAGUACAAAAAUAUUGAUAACACUUAUUAUUAAAUAUAAUAUGUACCUUACAGUUGUACCUAUAUGGCUAUAUACAUACACGAGUACACGACGACCAAUAACAAUUUUAGA